GCACAUGAGUUUCCAUGCUCUAAAUAUCAUCAAGAAGUAGUGUACAAAUAGAUGUAUCUUUAAAGAUUCCAUCUAACAACUCCAACUAUACUGAUUACAGUAUUAGAUUACAUUCCGUUCUUCAUAAAAUGACAUGUAUUAAACAUUAGAUUACAUUCCGUUCUUCACAAAAUGACAUAUAUUAAACAUUCAUUUUUCCUCUAUUAUCUAUAUUAUGUGCCCAAAAGGCAAAAGAUACUUUCUUUUCAUUCUACAUGCACACUAGCAUGGUAGAUUCUAUAGCUAGAUCGAAAAAUAGUUAAAUGAUUGAUCGAUUGAUUAAAAGGUGUUUCACUGUAUUAGUGCAUUAUAUAUGUCCAAGAUUUUUGCUCAUGUUGUCAAAAUGCUAGUAGCACUUAGUACUUCCACCAGGUGAUUUUCGUACUGAUUCUUUAGGUUUAAUUUGUAGUAGAUGACAAAUGGUGUAAUUUCGUAUGGAAGAGUUAUGAAUUUGUUUGAUCUACCUUUAUAACGUAGAUACCUUUCAGAAAAGGAAUGCUCAUGACAAAUCUGCACAUCAGAUGCCAUACUCUGCAUAUCAACAAGUACUCCAGAAGAUAAUAAUCUUUAAAGAAUCCAUCUAACAACUCCAAGUAUACUAAUUGUUACAUACCAUAUAAUCCCAUGCUUCACAAAAUGACAUACAUUAACCUCUCAAUAUCUGACAUGAAACCUCAAGAAGACAUUUUCAUCUACUAUUAUUUAUAAUGCAGAAAGAUACUUUUUCUUCAUUCUACAUGCUCAUUGACAUCUAGAUUCUAUAGCUUGACUAAAAAACAAUUGAUUGAUAGAUUGAUUUAAAGAUGCCUCAUUAUGUUACCGGUUUCUAUGUCCAAGAUUUUUCUCUCAAUGUGAUUUUUUGUACUAGAUUCCUUAGUAAAGUGGACAACAAUCAACGAAAAUAUGGUGUAUUCUGUAUGAAAUGUAAUUUUGUUUGACCUACUCUUUAUAAGGUACUUACAUCUCAGAAAAGGAUUACUGCUAGUGACAAAUUUGCACAUGAGUUACCAUACUGAUCUACAUAUCAAGUACUGCAAAAGAUAAGUAUCUUUACAUAUUCCAUCUAACAACUCCAAUUAUGUAGUAAUUCUAUUCUUCACAAGAUGACAUACAUUAUUUACCUUUCAUUAUCUCACAUGAAACGUCAAGAUGACAACUUCACCUAUUAUUUAUAUGCCUAGAAAUUCCUUUCAUUUCAUUCUACUUGCUCAUUGGCAUGGGAAAAGUCAGAGAGUCUGAAGCUGAGCAGCCCUUGUUGACUGCUCAUGGGGCAAGCUCCGAGCUCGAGGAGGUGCUCUCCGACUCUCAAUUACCUUACUUUCAGCGCCUUAGGUCCGCCUUUUGGAUCGAAUUCCAGUUGCUUUUUCGACUUGCAGCACCUGCAGUGGCUGUAUACAUGAUCAAUAAUGCUAUGUCCAUGUCUACUCGAAUCUUUUCGGGACAACUUGGGAACCUUCAGCUUGCUGCAGCCUCUCUUGGCAACCAAGGCAUCCAAUUAUGUGCUUAUGGCCUUAUGCUAGGAAUGGGCAGUGCAGUGGAAACUCUUUGUGGACAAGCAUAUGGAGCUAACAGAUAUGAAAUGCUAGGAGUCUACCUACAAAGAUCAACAAUAAUACUUUCUUUAACAGGCAUCCCACUAGCUGUGGUAUAUUUAUUUUCCAAGAAUAUACUGCUCGCUCUUGGUGAAUCGAAACUAGUUGCAUCAGAAGCAGCAAUAUUUGUGUAUGGCCUAAUCCCCCAAAUAUUCGCAUACGCUGUCAACUUCCCAAUACAGAAGUUCUUGCAAUCUCAGAGUAUUGUAGCACCUAGUGCCUUUAUUUCACUAGGGACGUUGUUUGUGCACUUAUUGCUCAGUUGGAUUGUUGUAUACAAAAUUGGACUGGGAUUGAUAGGGGCAUCACUUGUCCUGAGUCUUUCUUGGUGGAUUAUUGUUGUGGCUCAGUUUAUAUACAUUUUGAGAAGUGAAAGGUGUAAGGCUACUUGGACAGGUUUUCGAUGGGAGGCCUUUAGUGGAUUAUGGCAAUUUGUGAAGUUAUCGGCUGCUUCAGCUGUUAUGUUGUGUUUGGAAACUUGGUAUUUUCAGAUUCUGGUGUUGCUUUCAGGGUUGCUCAAGAAUCCUGAGCUUGCAUUGGAUUCUAUCUCAGUUUGCAUGGCAGUAAAUGGGCUGAUGUUCAUGGUUGCAGUGGGGUUCAAUGCUGCUGCUAGUGUGAGAGUGAGCAAUGAGCUAGGAGCAGCACACCCAAAGUCAGCAGCAUUCUCAGUGUUUGUGGUGACAUUCAUUUCAUUUCUCAUAGCUGUGGUGGAAGCUGUAAUUGUGCUCUGUUUGCGCAAUGUUAUCAGCUAUGCAUUCACCAAGGGUGAUAUUGUGGCCAAUGCAGUUUCUGAUUUGUGUCCUUUUUUAGCUGUCACCCUCAUUCUCAAUGGUGUUCAACCAGUCUUGUCUGGCGUUGCUGUUGGGUGUGGAUGGCAGGCGUUUGUUGCAUACGUGAAUGUAGGGUGUUAUUAUGGUGUAGGAAUUCCAUUGGGAUGUGUUCUUGGCUUCAAGUUCGACCUUGGUGUUAAGGGAAUAUGGACUGGGAUGAUAGGAGGGACUGUGAUGCAAACCAUCAUUCUGCUUUGGUUCACAUUCCGUACAGAUUGGAAUAAAGAGGUAGAGAAAGCUAAAAAACGCCUGGACAAAUGGGAAAAUGUAAAAGAACCUCUAAACAAGGAGUGAAGAUGAUGAGAACAAUAGGACUUGGAAUAAUAAAGGGACGUGAGAUUCUAAGUAAUCCUGCAAGGACGAAGAAGUUAUCAACAGUUCACAUCAAGGGUUCGGGCAUAUCUGCCAAAAGAGAGUCAAAAUCCCUCAUGGAAUUACUUACUAUUUCUGAAUUUCAAAAAAGAAUAAAAAAAAAAACUGAAAUAUUAUGUGAUUUAUUAGUAUUCUAUCUUAGUUGGUAUUCGGAAUAUUGUAUCCAAGUAGACCAACAGAUUGUUGUAUCAAAAAAAUUGUGAGUUUACUUUCAAUCAAUUAAUCAUUAUCUCA